GGCGCGGGGAGGGGCUGGGGGGUCGAUCUGAAUAAUUGAGGAGCUGUUCAGCAGAAGCGGCUGCCUCCUGCUUUCCCUCGCCGUCACCCCCCAGCCCCCCAUCACAGCUAGAGAGACAGCCCUGCUCUGAGAGGGGACGCCAGCCACUAGCACCGGCAACCAGUGCAUCUGCUCCAGCGCUCUGAUAUUCAUGCCCAGGAGAAGACUGCUGCGGGUCCCUCUGGACCUUUCCUAAGCAGGAGAUCCCCAUUCACCAGAUGACUUCCGGAACUAUCCACUAAGGUUUCUGCAGCCCUCCUCCAUCAGCUGAGCUGCACUGCAAGCCCCACCACUCAAGAUGAGUGGCUUCCUGGCCUCGCUGGAUCCCCGGCGCGUGCAGUGGGGGGCUGCCUGGUGUGCCAUGCACUCCAGGAUCCUACGCACCAAGCCAGUGGAGUCCAUGCUGGAGGGCACCGGGGCCACCACAGCACACGGGACCAAGCUGGCCCAGGUGCUCACCACUGUGGACCUCAUCUCUCUUGGAGUUGGCAGCUGCGUGGGCACUGGCAUGUAUGUGGUAUCUGGCCUGGUAGCCAAGGAAAUGGCAGGGCCUGGUGUCAUUGUGUCCUUCAUCAUUGCUGCGGUUGCAUCUAUAUUAUCAGGAGUGUGCUAUGCAGAAUUUGGAGUCCGAGUUCCCAAGACCACAGGAUCUGCCUACACCUACAGCUACGUCACUGUUGGGGAAUUCGUGGCAUUUUUCAUUGGCUGGAACCUGAUCCUGGAAUACCUGAUUGGCACUGCAGCUGGCGCCAGUGCUCUGAGCAGCAUGUUUGACUCACUGGCAAAUCACACCAUUAGCCGCUGGAUGGUGGACAGCGUGGGGACCCUCAAUGGCCUGGGGAAAGGUGAAGAAUCAUACCCAGACCUUUUGGCUCUGCUGAUUGCAAUCAUUGUGACCAUCAUUGUUGCUCUGGGGGUGAAGAACUCCGUGGGCUUCAACAACGUCCUCAACGUGCUGAAUCUGGCCGUGUGGGUGUUCAUCAUGAUUGCAGGCCUCUUCUUCAUCAAUGGGAAGUACUGGGCUGAGGGCCAGUUCUUGCCCCAUGGCUGGUCUGGGGUGCUGCAAGGAGCAGCUACAUGUUUCUACGCUUUCAUUGGCUUUGACAUCAUUGCCACCACUGGGGAAGAAGCCAAGAAUCCUAACACGUCCAUACCCUAUGCUAUCACCGCCUCUCUGGUCAUCUGCCUGACAGCAUAUGUAUCUGUGAGCAUGAUCUUAACUCUGAUGGUGCCAUAUUAUGCCAUUGACACUGAGUCCCCACUCAUGGAGAUGUUUGUGGCUCAUGGCUUCUAUGCUGCAAAAUUCGUAGUGGCCAUCGGGUCAGUUGCAGGAUUGACAGUCAGCUUGCUGGGCUCCCUCUUCCCGAUGCCCAGGGUCAUUUACGCCAUGGCUGGUGAUGGGCUCCUUUUCAGGUUCCUGGCUCACGUAAGCUCCUACACAGAGACACCCGUGGUGGCCUGCAUCGUGUCAGGGUUCCUGGCCUCUCUCCUCUCACUGUUGGUCAGCCUGAGAGACCUGAUAGAGAUGAUGUCCAUUGGCACGCUCCUCGCCUACACCUUGGUCUCUGUCUGUGUCUUGCUUCUUCGAUACCAACCUGAGAGUGACAUUGAUGGUUUUGUCAAGUUCUUGUCUCAGGAGCACACCAAAAAGAAGGAGGGCAUUCUGGCUGACUGUGAGAAGGAGGCUUGUUCUCCUGUGAGUGAAGGGGAAGAGUUUUCUGGCCCAGCCACCAAUACUUGUGGGGCCAAGAACCUGCCAUCCUUGGGAGACAAUGAGAUGCUCAUCGGGAAAUCAGACAAGUCAACCUACAACGUCAACCACCCCAACUAUGGCACUGUGGACAUGACCACAGGCAUAGAAGCAGAUGAAUCUGAGAACAUUUAUCUCAUCAAGUUGAAGAAGCUGAUUGGACCCCGUUACUACACCAUGCGAAUCCGGCUAGGCCUUCCAGGAAAAAUGGACCGGCCCACAGCAGCAACAGGACACACAGUGACCAUCUGUGUGCUCCUGCUCUUCAUCCUCAUGUUCAUUUUCUGCUCCUUCAUCAUCUUUGGUUCUGACUACAUCUCAGGGCAGAACUGGUGGGCCAUCCUUUUGGUCAUUCUAAUGGUGCUGCUGAUCAGCAUCCUGGUGUUCAUGAUUCUACAGCAGCCAGAGAACCCCAAGAAGCUGCCCUAUAUGGCCCCCUGCCUCCCUUUUGUGCCUGCCUUUGCCAUGCUGGUGAAUAUCUAUCUCAUGCUAAAGCUCUCUACCAUCACAUGGAUCCGGUUUGCAGUCUGGUGCUUUGUGGGUGUGCUCAUUUACUUUGGGUACGGCAUCUGGAACAGCACCCUGGAAAUCAGCGCCCGGGAGGAGGCCCUGCACCAAAGCACAUACCAGCGCUACGAUGUGGACGACCCCUUCUCGGUGGAGGAGGGCUUCUCCUAUGCCACAGAGGGCGAGAGCCAGGAGAACUGGGGCGGGCCUCCCGAAGACAAAGGCUUCUAUUACCAACAGAUGUCAGAUGCGAAGGCAAACAGCCGGACAAGUAGCAAAGCUAAGAGCAAAAGCAAACACAAACAGAACUCAGAGGCCCUGAUUGCAAAUGAUGAGUUAGAUUAUUCUCCAGAGUAAGCAUAAACACACAGAGGGUAGAAAUGGUGAUUGGUUUUCAGCAACUUCACUUGUGGGCUAGAAGGUGAACACUUUUUUUCACUCAUAUUUCCCCAAAGUCAAUCCCAGUCAUGCCCUAUCACUUGCUAUUUUUGCUUGUCAGAAUGGUUCUACAGAAGGGUUUAACCCAGGGCUCCUAACUGGUCCCCUUAUGAAAAAGAAUAAACAAGAGGAUGCAUGAAAUUCCAUCUAAGGUGAAACCAGUAGCGCUGAAGGUAGCAAAUGUUUCCCAGGCCUUUGCUUUGCUGGUUGAAUUCUUUUGCUUCUUGCUGAGACCCCAAGAAGCAAGGGGCAAGAUUCUCGAACCCCAGAGAGGCUGCAGCUCCUUUGGAGAUGCAAUAGAACGGUGGAUGUGGGCAGCAUUUCAGCCCCCUGAGAGCACAAAGGCAAAGACGUAUUCUCAGCGUGUCAGGCUGAGCCCCUCUCCCCAGGUCAGUGUGAGCAGGCGGGUGUCAGCCCUUCCUCAGUAAACAGACUCACCCCAAAAAUGUCACGGAGAAAACACACGCUUCCUUUUUUUCAUCCGUGUUCUCCCAGUUUCCAAACAGUGUCUUAGGAUCCAGCAAAGGCAAAGGCUCUCAGACCAUUUCCCCAAAAGUUUCAGAUUCAAACCCAAUAAUAUGGUAAGAAGCAUCAUCAAAACUCUACUUCAAGGCCCAGAAAAAAUUAAAUAACCAGCUCUUGCCAGCAAGGCCAGAAGGGCAUUGGCAGAAAUGUAACUGUCUGUCAUGCCUUCCCUUGUGCCAGACUCUACUCCUGCUGAUGUGAUGACAGAGGGCAAAGGUGGAGCGAGAUUUCACGGUACUAAUAUGCCUUGAAGAAGUGAGCUGUUUGUUUUUGUAAUCAUAUAAAAAUCUUUGCAAGGAGAAGUGACCCAGCCACUGAGAUCACAUUGCAAAUUUUACUUCAUACUUCUAAAAUUAUUAAUUCUGCAAGUUUUUUUUAGACAUGCAACCACUUGAUUGGUGGGCCCUACCUUGAAAACAAAAAAUGUUGAAGCACUGCUGCUUAGGUAAUUACAUUCCAUGAGAUCACAUUUCACUUCUGAGCCUUAUGCCUCUAGGGUAGUUUACUUUUUAGAGUAUUUACCUCUGUUUCUUCCCAAAACACUUUCACUGUAGCCCAAAGAAAUAUCUGCCUGAUAAGGUCUAAAUUGGGGCCAUAGAAAGGAUUCUUAAAAGAAUUUUCUCUGAAACAGGAUAAACAGGAAACACCACAUGGGCUGUAAUUUCAAGGAUUCCCACUGGCUACAUUGAAUUGUGUAUGCACGUAUGUGAAGACGAUGUUUUUAAUCAAGCUAAGAUCUUUGUGAGAAUUUUCUGGAAGGGGACAAGCAGCGAAUUUCUUGCCUUCCUUCUCCUCAAUUUAUCAUCCUGCCAAAAGUUGUCCAAAACACAUCAACUUACAUUUAGACAUAUUCUUUCUUAAAACUUGAGGCUCAUGCCUUGGCAGAAGAAGUAAAGUUCAUUUAUUCAUUCAAUUAACCGUAAUUGAGCAUAGCCCCAGUGCUAAGUGAAAAGUAUGAGAAGAAAUAUAGUGUCUGCCCUUCCGGUUCACUAUUCAGGAAGGAGACACUCCAGAGCCUGAGAGACAUAGAUACAACAACCAAACUUGACAGGUCCUUGUGACUGAUUCACUGGACUCCAACAUAGCGUGUAAAAAUUGAUUGAAAGUAGAUUUCUUUAAAAUAACUCUUAAAUAAACUGGGUAUCAUGCCCACAACAAAUGUCUACUGUUAAACUGAAAUGACUACCAUUUUUAAGAUUUUUUUUUAUCCCUCUGUAUUAAUUGUUUAGAACUCUGGCUUCCUGAGUACAUUUUCUCAUUUUCACGUCAUGCUUGAUGAUGCUGUGUUUUCUCUUCCCUAAAUGUAACCACAAAGGUACAGGGCCUGGUGUGUGGCAUGUAUCCUUGAGGAUUAACUCUAAACUAAUUAUCAGUAAUCUUUGUGAAAACAAAGUUUUAAACUGGUUUUAAGACUCAAGAAGUCUGACCAAAUACAAUCUGGUAAGCUUGACAUAUAAUCUAGAUAGAUGGAGUGGAGUUAUAUUCAUUAAAUACGUUGAAGAAAAACAUGUAUGUAAAAUAACAAAAACUUGAUGUGGGUAAAAGAAUUUGUUAUUUCUUAUGAGGUUUAGGUCUUAAAGUAGCUAUAUUCUAAUGGCAGGUUGUGCAUUUCUAUAGCAUAAGCAGGAAGAACGCUUGCUCUAGCUAACACCAUUGACACUUUUGUGCAGAGCCCGUGAACCACUCUCAUUUCAAAAACCCUUUUUCCCAAAUACUGUCUUUAUAUAUUUUAAGCUUUCUUCUUUAUUUUUAAAAGGUGAUAGAUCAUCUCCCUAGCAACUUUGGGUUUAAAAAAAAAUCAAUAUUGUAGGCAAAGUUUCUUGCAAUACAAUGACAUGUUUUUUCUUAUAUUUCCCAGUUUCUGUGAAAUAGUUCCAUAUUUCACAAUGCAGUUUUCAAAUAUCAUCAAUAAUUGAAAUAACUAUAUUAGGGUCUUCCUAACAGAACUGUAAAUAUUAUGUUUGUGGGACUGCACUGAAAAUAGAUCAGUAUAUACAUAAUUACAGUGGUACCUUAGUUCACAAACUUAAUUCUUUCAGCAAUUCUGGUCACAAACCAUAUUGGAUGAGUAACU